AUGGCUGUGAGCCCAACUGCCUGGCUCCACGAGGAAGUCAAGACCCAGCUCGACCUGGGCAACAGUUGGCUGGCGGACAAGAACGAGGCAAACGCAGCGCUCGGCGGGCCUUCAACCACGGCCGACAGAAGGUGGAAAGGCAUCUACCACGACAACGGCUCUUGCAUCGACAUUGUUGGACCAAUCAGCGCGCACCCCCUCCAUCUGUUUGUGCUCAAGAUCUCACCUCUGAUCGUCACAGACGGCCGCCAUCAGACCGAGGUCUCUCUCACCACCACCGGUCUGCGUGACCUGCAAACGAGAUACCCAAGCCGCCACAUUAUCGCUGGCACCAUUUUGGCCGUGCGCAGCUACACCAUACGAUACACUUCCUACGGUCCCCCAAAUGACAAGCUUCGACUGCUUCUCCAUAUAGUCGACUGGGUGGGGGAGAGGCACAGAACGGAUGCUUGGCCGGACCCUGUACAGCUUCUGCAUCGUUCCGGAGAAAUCGCCACGGCACUGCAACAACUUCACCGCACUCGUGUGCUUGAAGAUCGUCGACGCUUGCGGCCCGAACCAAAGAAAAAGGAGGAUCUGGACGACAACUCCUACACAAUGGCUGGCGCACACGAGUCGCUCGACGAGGACGCUUCGAUGAACACGCAGAUGCCUUUUGGCACUCAGGGGCAGCAUUCAAUCAGGCCGCGCAGGGACGAUGAGGAUCUUCGAUUUGUGGGUAUCAACAGACUGGAGCCUGUGCUGGCUGGGAAUACAAAGAGGGCGGACUUGAAGCCUCGCUCUGGAGGCUCCAAUACCGAGAGCUCGGCUGUUGAGAAGCAGAGAGCACAGCUCUUGUCACUCCUGAAUCCGGUCCAACCGCCGAUUGUCCCGCAGGUUCAGGCUCGCGUUCACACGGACCCAAGGCUUCUGUCAACAGAGAAUCUAGAGAGACGUGCAGCGCGAGAGAGGACCGCUGAGCUCAUUGAUCGUUCGACGCAAAGCUCGACGCAGGUUCAGACUUUGCCAGACAAGGGCAAGAAGCGUAUGCGAGAAAUCGAUUUGGCGCCGCUGUCGACUCACCAUUCGACAAGGAGUAUCCCGUACUCCGAAAUCGAGGCGAAGCAGAGCACUGCCAAUAAGACGGGGAGGUUUGCUGCAGAAUGCUCAUGGAUGAAGGGCUUCAAAUUCAACCGCGAGUCCUCCAUCGUUCCCGAGGACCAGGCCCGCAUCCUGUUAAGACCUGAAAGCUGGCACAAACCGCAACCAGGAUUGCGCUUCCCUGAAGCAAACAUACCGACGCAAAUAUUUACAACGCUCAGUAGGCUGCAGGAUGAAAAGAUCGCCUCUGAAGCUGCCCUUGAGACUAGCUCAGGCUCAUACAACCAAACUGAUCCAUCACCUGCAUCCUAUCCGCCUACGUCUGCUCCUCAGCUGGAGGACGAGCAGGAGGACGAGUUGGAGGACGAAGUUCCCACAAGUCCAGUUUCAUGGGCAACCUCACCCGGUCCUGAGCCACCACAACAACCGACCUUGUCUCGCCAGAGUCUCCCUCCUGAUUCGAGCAUCGAGGUUCCUGCAAACGUCAAGGCGUCGACCAUGUCACACAGACCUGCAGCGACUGAAGAUCGAUCUCCCCAGCCCAGCUUAACACCCUCACCAGAAGAGAGAGAAGUCGCUGCUCCACCCUCGUCGCCUCCCAGCCCUCAGGGAGCCAUGGAUAAUGAUGACGAAAUGGAAUUGGAGACAUCAGUACCUCAGGCAUUAGGAGAAGACCUGGAGGGACACUCAAUAUCCCGUCCUAAGGGCAAUCAUAUUUCUCGCGCUGAGCCCAGUCCGAGGUCAGUCAUCCAAGUGAAAGAGACCCCCUACGUGAAAGGUAAGAAUGGUCAACCUGUCGUAACAAUUUCACCGCCAACACAAAGUUCGAACGAACACCAACAUCAUUCUUCUUCAGCGUCCAUCGUACAAGGCACAUACCACGAGUUCACUUCUUCAGUAGUGGAGGAGACCAACCUGGAUGCGUUGCGCAGUGACAACAGCCACAUUCAGCAGGCAAAUACAAACAACAAAUCCUCUGCCCAAACAGACGAGGUCCAGACAUUGCUUCUUGAACCUGAUGCUCAAGACGUUUCCAUGUUUGACAUGUUUGUAAACGAUAAGCCGCUGCCUGACUCUACUCGGCAGCAAGGCGGACAAAAGGAGACACACGGCAAGCGAACAGAAAUGCUCCAGGAGAGCGCUUCAGCGCAACCUGAACCAACACCAAUGUCUGCUCAGCUUCCUAAGGAUUCAAGCUCCGAAGAACAGCCUGUACCAAGCCUGUCAGCGAUGUCGAUGCAACCAGAGAAGGAUUUAUCAAGGCAGCCACUAAGGCAGCCAUCAAGACAGCCAUCAAGACAGCCAUCAAGACAGCCAUCAAGACAGCCAUCAAGACCGCUAUCGGCUACUCCAAACCUGACGAAACGAAAGCUUGAAACGACCCCUACCAAGGAUAGCAGGCGGCAUUCGAAACCCUCCAAACGGUUCAAAUUUGUUGGCUUUGGAAGCGGUGACGCAAACUUGUGGCGAAGGUUCGAGAGCGAGAGACGGAAGUCUAGCACAAGCAUUGAGAGUAGGCAAGGCUCAGUCAGCAGUCUUCCCACACAGCAGGAUACAGACACGAAGAUGGAGUCAACUGAUACCAAAGAAACAACCAAGCCCCAGGUCGACGCAGCGGAUAUAGUUGUUGAGGGUGAUAUGUCUCCGCGUCAUCAGAGUCUGUAUGCUGCACCCAGUCCUAUACUGCGUCCUUCAGUUGGCUUUCAUGGAAAUGCAUCGGUUGCCAAAAGUAUGGAUGGUGUUCAGACCGAGCCGCAUAUGCCUGGCAACAGCAUAGCACGUCAGAGCCCUCCAGAAAACUCUGACCGGUCGCAACAUGUACGUGUGGAGCCUCGGCAAGAUAUGCAAUCAAAGCCGCAGUCGGAGUCCCAAGCAGAGCAAGACACUGUGCUUGUGCGGCUGCCUGAGCCUCAGCCUCAGCCUGAAACGACUCGACCAAGCACUAAACUUGGAGCACGCGCAGAACAAGCACCUCCAGCUGCAUCGAUCAAUGCCGUAAGACUUUCGACAGUGUUUGGAAACUUCAAACAAGCAUACCCCGAAUAUGGAGGUAAAGUUGGACAUUUCGAAAGUCGGUGCCUGCAGAUUGAACAACUUGAUCGAGAUGACAAGAUGGUUCCAAAAUGGAUGUGGGAUGACUACAUCAUCCGGAACACGACUGACUACAAAGACUACACAGACGCGUGUGUUGAGUCAGGGAAAGAUCCAAUACCAUACAUUCGCUUCUACAAAGAUACCAUUCGAGACACAGUCUACAAAAAAGGCAUCAUUCAAACAAGAGCCAUAUUACUCAAGGCACUCCAGGAGCUUGGACACCAGCCUCAUACAGUCGAGACACCAGCGCCUAGCUCGCCUGUUCAGCAUUCACUUCAGCAGCCAAAUCAUCAGUCGCCUCGACCGCCAGUGCGACAGCUAGCACAUGUCCGUCAAUCUCACCAGCAACCAGCACAGCAGUCGUCCAGACAGUCAGCCAAACACUCAAGUCAAUCUCCAGUACCAUCGGCACAGUCGACAAUUACACCAUCAAAGAAGAAGCUAUCGCGGACGUCUCUGCCGUUCAAAAAACCCAGUGAUCCAAUACCAGCCCACGUCAACGCCACAACCCGCGUUCGCCAUUCACUUCCUGCAAGCUCAUCCUGCGUCACGCCUGACUCAACGUCUACUCUAUCAGCCUCUGCACAGCAGGCAUCGAGAGUUCGUUUAAAAUCCAAGCCCAGAUUGGCCGGAAUCCUUAAGUCACACCUAAAAAGUGAUGACCCUCCAAUUUUGGCCCGAGACGAGUUCCGUGAAUUUUCAAAGUCGCAGGCGGCCAUGACGAGCAUCACGGGGAGUACUAGGGUAAGCUCUGGCCCAGCUCUUACAGAGGACAAGCAUCGAAGGGUCGAUGAUAAAAACAAAAACUAAGGUAGAAAACAGGUCGACCCAACCCAACCUUGGCCAAAGAACCUUGAAGUCAGGCCGUCUGUCAAAGAUUUGCCAAAGAAAGAAGUGGAUGUUCUGAAUUGGAAAGACGAAUUGUAA